CUUGGAAGUUACUUGAACGCGCUCUCUUUAUUCUGUGGCCUUUUCUGGGCUGACACGCGUAAAGACUUUUCACACCCUGAUACGUUGUAGGUUUUUACUUUUUCUUUUUCAAACAAUGAAUUGCGAACAAACUUUCUUUGGUGUACAGUUUACAGUUUUCUUUAUGAUAAGCUUUUCUCUCACUCAUGGAUAUCCGGCAAGCCUGUUCGCGGGUAACGCAUAUUCAGGAACAGUUCAUAGGCACAGAAAUAAAAACUGGUGCGCAUUUAUUGUCCAAAAGAACGUAAGUUGCGCAGUUCAAGGCAGUGUGGAAAGUUACGUUGAGCCUGAAGCUGCGCGCUGUCCGGAGCAUCCGUCCGACUGUGAGCAACAAGUGAUAUACAGGACUCGGUUUCGACCCACUUAUAAGAUAGCAUACAAGAUUGUGACUGAGCUAGAAUGGAGGUGCUGCCCAGGAUACCAGGGUCCAGACUGCAGAGAACUUAAAAGCUCUCCAAACAGACAGACAGUAUAUCCACAGUCACACCCACAGCCCCAUUCUGGACAAACUCGAACGGCACAAAGGCCAGAGCAGCGAGAAACAGGACAAUAUGAUGUCAGACGUGGAGUUGACAAAACACGUAUGUUAGAGGAAGAAGUACAGCGUCUCUCUCAGACAGUGCUGGAUCUUCAAGCAGCCAUGACAGGUAUGGCAGAGAACCUGCGCACAGACUUACAGGAGGACACGAGCAAGAUGCUUAUUACUCUGCUCAAUGACCGGAAUGCACCAGACAGUGCGCGAACAGGAGGCAUUGAGGAGAGUGUCAUGCAUCUGGAUGGCCACCAGGCCACGAGAGGCCACACCCAUGGGGAAAGGGAACUUGAGACAGUGCUGGCCAGACUCAAUGAUAUGACCGAUGCUCUUAAAAGCAAGGGUGAAAAACUUGAGGAACUGUGGGAAACAGUGACCGGCCAUGAUGGGCAGAUCCGAAUGCUUAUGGAUACCUCUCAAGGCCUAGAAUUAACUGGUGCUGACUCCCCUGACGUAGACAUCCUUCAGACCUAUAUUGAUGAAAAAUUUGAGAUGCUCAAAAAGGAGCUUGUUGGAAACAUGGAGGACCAUAUGGCCAAGUUGAAAAGUGCAUGUGAUGAUAAGCUACAAUCUCUUCAAAAGACAUGUGAAGAAGGACGAGAAAGCGGCUAUGUUAGUCUUACCGAUCUGGUGCACAACAAGGAAUCUGAGCUUAGAAAGGAGAUCCGUGCACUGCGAUUGGAUUUGUCCAUGUCAGAUGGUGUAGCUCGCACAAACCACCAAAUAACUGAUGUAAAAGACGAUAGUGACUACAAUGACUUGAGGCGGAAACUUGAUCGAGUGGCAGAUGCUCAUCGUGUCCUUAAUGCCAGAGUAGACAAUGAGCUAGAACAUCUGUCCACGUUGAAAAUAGAAGACAUGCUUGGUUCACGUAUAGUGGACCUAGAAGACAGGAUGAAUGUAACUGAGCGAAACGCAGAGACUUAUUGUUUCUAUGUGGAUGAGAAACUUACCAAGCAAAUUACGGAUGAUGCAACUAUUCUGCGUCAACUCCUGGAUGAGAAGCUGAACGCUAUGCAGGAUCAGUUCACUGCAAUGCUGAUUGAGAUGAGCAACAACUCCUUCCCAGGGAUGUUUAGUGAUUCUGUUGAUGCACUGCAAACUCAGGUUAACUCGAAUAAGUACAUUAUACAGGGUUUGGAGGACAAGUUUAACGCCAUUGGACGGAUAUACUCAGCCAAUGGCAAAACCAACCUACACACUGAUUCCCAAAAACCAGAAGGUAUGGACAGUCUUAUAAAGGACGUGAGACUCUGCAGAAAUGACUUGGACGAUUUGCGUUCUGAUUUUGUGAACAAUGUAGCAAAACUUCAUACAUUGGAGGAUAGAAUUGAUAGGAUGUCACCUGAGAAACUGCUCAGAGGACAUGCGCAGGACACCCACCGAAGGAUUAAUGCAUUGACUGAAAACGUUAAUGGCUUGACUGGAGCUAUAACAGGAUUGGGAGAUACGUUGAGCAAAUUUAGCCAAGACCUUCACAAUUUAAAAUCAACAUGUUGCCAGGCAGGACAGGUAAAUGUUCCUAAUGUUUGGGCUGAAAGCAGCCCAAGUCGCAGUCAGAUUGAGGAGCUACGAGACAAGCUGGACACACUGAAUGCACGAGUAACCACAGAGUUGAGCGUGUGUAAGUUCAACACUGCUGGAGUAGCUGAGGGUGUGUCUGCAGUGGAUAACAGGGUGACUGCUCUGGAGAAGAUUUGUGGACUGCUUGAUGGUGGGACAAAUAUACAGGGCCUUUCAAGGAAUUUGGAAAAGCAAAUGGCACAGAUAAACACCACUCUAGUUAGUUAUUCAGGGGACAUCACUGCUCUUCAGAACUCCCUUCUGAAUUUUCAAAGCCAGCUUGCAGAAAUGGCUAAGCAGAUUCUCAGGGACCAUGUACAAAAAGAACAAGGACUGCCUGUGAGGCAAGAGAGACCAGCGCCUGUCCCUGACAUUAAAACUCCAGCUCAACCCAAAAGACACUAUAUUCCCCAUAUCCACAUACCUUUGAUAAUACCCCAUAGAACAGUGCCAGUCACUGGUCUCCCCCAUGUGCACCAGCCCCCCAUCCCCCGCUACUUCCCACCACCCACCAGCCCCAGGCAACCCAUCCUCCCCAUGCAACCCAACCAACCCGCUGUACACAAACCAGUGGUGGUUACAGGGCAAGCCGGUCCACCUGGGUAUGUGCGCAGGGUGACAGUUAGACGUGAUCAGAGCUCGGAGGACUCAAAAUCACCUGUAAAGGGAUUUGCUGGUGCGCCAGGCUAUCCUCCUGUUAAUCCUCCUUCAAAAAAUACAAAACAACCAAAACCAGUUGCACAUGUCCCAUGGAAUCUGGCAUACCAAAGACCCAUUGCAACUCCAGUGUCACAGCAGAACUCCUUGAUGGACCCUUUUUCUUUCUCUGCUGGACUUACAAGGCAGUCUUUCUCAGGGGACUUUGAUAUCAUUCGCUUUGAUAGGGUGCUAGUCAAUGAUGGAGGACACUACAACCCUCAUACAGGGAUCUUCACAGUGCCUGCUGAUGGCCGUUAUUUGGUCACUGCUGUUCUAACAGCUCCGCAGGGUGAGCAUGCAGAAGCUGUGCUGUCUGUGUCCAAUCGCAGUGUGCAGAAGUUGGACACAGCGGGUUACUGGAGUGGCCGCCCACGGCUGACCCAAAAUCAGUGUGCAUGCGGGGGGUCUGCAUCCUUCAACCUUAUCCUCCCACUCCGGCGAGGGGACACCGUAGCCUUGGUCCGCACCGCUGGAAAGCUAGCGAUUUCUGAAUCCAGAGAGAUCCUCUCCACCUUCAGCGCAAUAUUCCUCUACUCCUCUCAAACCAAGAGAUAACACAAGAACAUCUAAUGUGACCAUCCAAUGCAAGUCAAUGUCAAGUUUUACACUUAUGACUACGAAAUAGAGUUUUGCUUUGGUUAUUUAUCAAAACUACAGGGCUGAGACACACAAUUUGACAGUAUUUUAAUAGAGGGAUGUAUUUUUCCUAAACAUCAAAGUGCUGCGAUAGCAAGGCAGGCUAGGUUUGUGCCAAAGCAAGGGAGCAUAUCAAUAGAUUUUAGUAGUAAUAAUCUAUAUUUGCCAUAAUCUAUAAAGUUUCUUUUAAAAUUGUGAUUUGACCAAAUAUAUAUAAAUGUAAAAGCAGGUUUAUAUAGUUUUUCAACAUUAAAUUAACAUUUGCAUACUUUUAUCCUUCUAAAAUAUCACGUGGUUUUAGUGUGAAUAACACUUUUUUUAAAUCCUCAGGGUGUGGGAUCAGUUUUUCCUCCAAAGAUUAAUCAAAGCUUAAAUGGAUAGCUGCAAUCCACAGAAUGAAACUAAUAAUACAGCCAUUUUAUAUUUUCACAAUUGCAUUUUCAUGUUUAAGCCUACAUUGUGUAACUUAUGGCCCUCAAGCAGUUGAAGAAUAAAACUGCAAGUUACUUGUGGAGGCACUUUGUUUUGGUAAAUGCUUGAGUCUGGCUUUGGCUCUGCUCUUCUGUACAGAUGUAUCUGAUGGAUUGAUGAGUAUCAGUGUAACCAUUGUUACAGGUGAUCAUCUUAUCAGAGCGAAUGUCACUAAAAACAAAACCACCUCCCUGCAAAAAAAAAAAUAACGAAAGGAAGCAAAAGAUGGAUAUCCGUAAAAUGUCUAAUGAGCUGGUAAGUAGCAUAACCUCCGCUGUUGUUUUGACUUUUUUUAUAUAAUUAACAUUACAAAAGUUAUGCAAUAUUAGAUGAUUGCUAAUCAUGUAAGAUAAAGUCAAACGGUGGAAAGUAGAACUAAGCAGGCAAAUAGACCAAGGUAGUAAAUGGUUUAGAGAUUAGCAUUGUUACCAGCAUAAAGUCAAUUUUUUUUUCCAUUGUCCUUCCUCAAAUGAUAUUGAAAGCACUGCAGUGCCACAAUCCAUAAUAAAAUGCCCCAUUAGAUUGUGCCGACCGUUACAUAGCGUUAGCCAAUCACAUAUCUUACCAAUCAAUAGAGCAAGAAAUCUUAACUUAAUCUCUGGGUCGGUUUUAAAUCUUUUAAGAUGUCGUAGUUGUCGCCACCUCUGAAAAAGCUAAGCCGAUGUUGUUUCAUGUUUUAUCAUUACAGGCUCUGUUGCUUUCCCUUUUUGCUUAAAGGCUCUUGUUUGUUUGAGCUUUCUUUAUUUUGAAAUGGGGUGAUUCCCCAGACUGGUUGCCUUUUUGAAUGAUCCAUGGUCAAAUGUUGCUCAUGUGUUGUGGCUACAAGCUUUUCAGCUCCAAACUACUACCAUGCAUAUCACUGGACAUAUACACACGUUUUAGGAGCUCAGGAACUUCUUUUCUUUAUUUACGGACAUGCCAUAAACACGCACAUAUGACUGACAGAAGUGUGCAAUUUCACACAAAAUCCGUCUCGACAGCUCUAAAAUAUUAAUAAUUAUUAUAGGCUUACUGUAGUGAAUCAGGUUAAGGCAAAAAACAUGGUUUGGAAGAUGGAUUGUUGGUGUACUUGCUCAUUAAAGAAAUUGUUCAUUUCUAGUAAAAAAACAUUUUCAUGGAGUAGCUUUUAAAAAAUCGUAACCAUAUGAUCGCAAGCAAUUAGUCAACAUCACUUGCAAUAUCCAUAUUCUGUAAUUGAAAAAGGCAAUAAAAUUAAUUUUCCACACACAAUGGGCUUUUUUACAACUGUUAAAAUUAAGCAAAUCAAGUACAGGCCAUAUAAAUUAGAGUAGAAGGAUUUCCACACCAUUGUAUUAAAUACAUCUUUAAUUGAUUCAUCAACAUUGUCCAAACUACAUAUAUAUAUAUAUAUAUUUUGUAAAUUAUGGUACAAUUAUCCAUUUUAAGAUAUUUAUGCUGGCCUAAGGCAAUGCGAAGCUAUACAUCAAAACCAAGAAACGCACCAUCCCACAAAUAGCAUACAAUUAAAAAUAAAAACAAGUAAAACAAAAAGGCAUCAAAGAUCAAAGUGGAAUGACAAAAAUGUUCAGCAUUCAGCACAUAAAACAGUAGUUUCAAAGAGGAAAAAAAAAUAGGCUUUUUAAUAUAUUUUUUUGUCUUUGCUUUUACCAUUAAUGUUAGGUUCAUACAAUACAAGUGUGUUUAUCCCACACAAGAGGUAUUACUUUCAUAGAAAGAAUGGGAUUCCUUUGUUAACAAUUAACAGAUUUCACUUCCUAACAUCAUAAAUGAGGACAAGCG